AUGGCGUACCCCAGCGGCGUUGGAAUCGUGAUGAACCCCACUGUGCCUGUGAGCUUAGCAAUUGAAGGAGGGACAUGUGCAGGGAAGAUGAUCAUCGUUCAGGGUGUUAUUAACCCUCGUGCAAAUAUGUUUACAAUAAACCUUUCGAGCGGCAUGCCUCAUGAAGGUUCACCAGAUAUUCCCCUUCACUUCAAUGUGCGGUUUACGGAGAAUUGUGUGGUACGAAAUUCUCUCAUCGGUGGAAACUGGGGACCAGAGGAGAGAAAUGGCAAUAUGCCAUUUAAGCGCGGUCAGGCAUUUGAAGUCAUUAUUUUGGUGGAGCAGGGCAUGUAUAAGAUUGCGGUGAAUGGGAAACAUUUCACUGAGUACCACCAUAGACUUCAGAAGGAGCUGGCUCACGUUGUCACGAUCAAUGGAGAGGCCCGGCUAAACUUCAUCAAGUUUCAAGGAGGCCAGGGAGGAGGGAUUCCAGGAGCUGUACCAGGGUGUUUUCCACAUGGUGCCCCCACUCUGCCAGGAUUCAAAUUUCAGCCUCCGGCAGGGGCAGCCUACCCCUCCCCCUUCCCAGUUACCAGGCUGUUGCUCCUAUACAACCCUCCUGUGCCAUUCAUAUCUCAAAUCCCAGGCGGUAUUAGGCCAGGAAAGAUGAUAUACAUCAGUGGAGUGCCAUUCUCAACAGCCUCCAGGUUUUCGAUCAACAUUCAAAAAGGCAGCUUUGAGAACAAUGAUGUUGGUUUACACUUUGAUGUACGACUGAACUUCCACGACUCACACGCUGUGGUGGUUCGUAACCAUCGCCAAAAGGGGUGCUGGGGAAAUGAGGAAAGACACCAGAGUUACUUCCCCUUCACACCAAAUUCACAGUUUGACAUUAUCAUACUGGUGGAGAAACAAGGAUUCAAGAUUGCUGUCAACAACCAACAUUUUACGGAGUUUACACACCGCAUCCUACCCCUGAAGGCUUUGGACACUCUGGAAGUCAGUGGAGAUCUUCGCUUAACAAUGGUGCGAUUUCAGUGAAUAAUGGCGUGAUCACACUGAACAAUAUAUGGAGUUGUCCAUUAUCUAUAAUCAGGGCCUUAGAUUAAGCUUUAGCGUACAAGUUGUGCCCAAAAUGAAAUGCCCCAAAGUAAACUAUUGUAUGGUUAACCGCAAAGUAUUUG